UGUUCUGUACACAUUUUGUGUAGUUACAGGUGAUCAACAUUGAGAUGUUUCACAAUUUUCAAUCAUUUUAAACCUAACUUUACUGAAUACAUUUGUUGAAGACAAAAAUAUAUAUAAUCCCACGGAACGUACUUUUUCUUCAUGGAAAAAGCAGGUAUUUUGUCAAAACCAUUUCGCACACUGACUGUGUGCACAUGAGGAAGAGCAAACUGAUAAAGGUCUCACACAUAUUCUCUUCAAUUGGCUUAUCAGAUUCAUAAACUUUGAAUUUUUUUUGGUCAAUUCUAUCUCAAGAUCAAUGAGACACAGUCCAAACUUUUUAUCUUCUGGCUAAUUUUUACUUUACCAAACCAUGACUCUAUCUAAGUCUAGUAGCCCCACCUAGUAGCAGUAUUACUAUCACAGUUUUUUGUUUUGACAGAUAAUUUUUGUCAAACAGCAAUAGUAAAUCACUCAUACUGGUUAUUAUGAGUGAUGAGAAUGCAUACACCACUUCUGGAAAUGACACUAGUGGAGUAGGUGUAGCAGAAGAUGUGGUGGGACUCAAGGCGGGCUGCCAGUCCCCUGAGUCUGGACUGAGUCAGACUGGCAGCUCUGGUAGCUCCAAUGGAAAGAGAACUCGGUCUGGGGGCAAGUCCUCCCCCAAGUCCUCAAACUCUGAUGACACCGAUGCCCACUCGAGCGGGAACGACUCAGCCGAGAGAGAGGUGGAAGGUCACAUGGGGCGCGAGGCAUCAACCUGCAGCAGCGCCCAUAACGGGCAGGACUCUGCCAUAGAGACAAAAGAGAGCAAAAGCUCCAACUCCCACAGCCCUUCCCCUCCCAACAGCUCUAUGGUCUACAGCCUGCUGAGUGGCAGCUCGGAGCAGGACCACCCGUCCACCAGCGGCUGCAGCAGUGACCAGCCGGCCCGGCUGCAGACCCAGAGAGAGCUGCUCAAGGCCCUGAAGGAGCUAAAGAUCCGCAUGCCUGCAGACCACCGGGUGAAAGGCCGCUCCAGUACCCUGGCCUCCCUGCAGUAUGCACUCAACUGUGUCAAACAAGUCCGAGCGAAUCAGGAGUAUUAUCACCAGUGGAGUGUGGAGGAGAGCCACGGUUGCAGUCUGGACCUCUCAGUCUUCACCACAGAGGAACUGGACAACAUCACCUCUGAAUACACACUCCAGAAUACGGACACGUUCUCUGUGGGAGUGUCGUUCCUCUCUGGGAAGGUGGUGUACAUCUCCCCCCAGGCCUCUCCCAUGCUGCGCACUAAGCCUAAUCGACUCCAGGGGGCACUCUUCUCUGAGCUGUUGGCCCCCCAGGACGUCAGCACUUUCUACAGCAGCACCGCUCCCUGUCGCCUGCCCCCCUGGGCCUCCUGUACUGGCUCCAUGACCUCCCCUGUGGACUGCACCCAGGAGAAAUCCAUGUUCUGCCGUAUCAGUGGUGGGAGGGACAGCGAGGGGGAGGUGCGGUACUACCCCUUCCGUAUGACCCCCUACCAGCUAACCCUACGUGACUCCGACAUGACCCAGGCACAGCCCUGCUGCCUGCUCAUUGCUGAGAAGGUGCACUCAGGAUACGAAGCUCCACGUAUCCCAGCGGACAAGAGGAUUUUUAACACUAGCCACACCCCCAGCUGUCUCUUUCAGGAAGUGGAUGAAAGAGCUGUGCCGUUGCUAGGCUACCUGCCCCAGGACCUGGUUGGGACUCCUGUCCUCAUGUACCUCCACCCUGAUGACAGGCCUGUCAUGGUGGCCAUACACAAGAAGAUUCUCCAGUCGGCGGGGCAGCCCUUUGAACACUCGCCCCUGCGUAUGUGUGCCCGGAACGGGGAGUAUCUCACCAUAGAUACCAGCUGGUCCUCCUUCGUCAACCCCUGGAGCCGCAAAGUGGCCUUCAUCGUGGGUCGACACAAAGUCAGAACGAGUCCCCUGAACGAGGAUGUGUUCACUCCUAGUAUGGAGGUGGAGGCGCGGGCCAUGUCUCCAGAGAUCCCCAGGCUCAGUGAGCAAAUCCACCGUGUGCUGGUGCAGCCCGUCCACAGUGGUGGCUCCCAGGGCUACUGCAGCUCCCACGGAUCCCAGCCACACAGGCCUAGCCCGGGCUCCUCCUCAGGCAGCAGCAGCCCCUCCACCAAGGGGAUCAUCCAGAUGACCAUCCAGAGACCACAGCAGAUGACAUUCCAGCAGAUGUGUAAGGACGUCCACAUGGUGAAGACCAAUGGUCAGCAGGUCUUCAUCGAGUCCCGCAACCGCCCACCGCUCCGCAAACACGCCAGCACUGGAGCCUUGGUGAUGCCAGAGCAUUUAAACAAAGACUUGGGACCUAUUGGAGCUCUGGGGCCAAUUAAAACCUUGGCCUCAGUGCAGUCAAGGAAAGACCCGUCAGCCAACUACUCCUACCAGCAGAUCAACUGUCUGGACAGCAUCGUACGCUACUUGGAGAGCUGCAACGUCCCCAACACAGUGAAGAGGAAAUGUGGCUCCUCCUCCUGCACCACAUCAUCAACGUCCGACGAUGACAAGCAGAGGGAGUUGUCUGGAACAGCUAAAGGGCCCCAGGGUAAGGAAGGGUCUAAAGGGGGGCCACAGAUGAGCCCUCUGGCACUGCACUGCAAGGCUGAGAGUGUGGUCUCUCUCACGUCCCAAUGCAGCUUCAGCAGCACCAUCGUCCAUGUAGGGGACAAGAAGCCCCCAGAGUCAGAUAUUAUCAUGAUGGAGGAGACACCAGCCAACCCCACUCCCACCGCUCCAGCCCCAGCCAUUAACAACACCAUCACCACGGCAGUGACCCCCCGUCCCUCGACCUUUCCCAGCCCAGCAACACCCAGCCCCGCCCAGCCCAAGAGGGAUGGCUGCAGGUCGGCUGGAUGCUCAGGCCGCCUGGGUCUGACCAAGGAGGUGCUGUCUGCCCACACCCAGCAGGAGGAACAGGUGUUCCUGAGCCGCUUCAGGGACCUGGGACAGCUACGCAUGCUGGACACUGUUCCUCCUUCUCUGAGAGGACACACCACCACACCCAAAGGAGUGCGCAGCUCGCAGGACUAUCCAGCAGGCGGUAACAGACGGAGGAGGGGCCGGGGGGCCAAGAGGCUGAAGCACCAGCAGGAGGGCUCCCACGGGGGCCGCCCCCAGAUGAGCUCAGGGAUGAACAGUAGUUCCAGAAGGGAAGGGCAGGGGCACCAAGGCCAAAUGUUCCCCAUGGGUCAACCGCUAAUGAUGCAGGGACCCCUGACCUCGUCCUCUUCCUGGCCCACCUCUGUGGCCUCUCAGGCCAGCCUCCCUCCUGCCGUGGCCCAGUACCCUCCAGGAGUCCUGCCCUUCUUCCCCCUCUACCCCAACGCCAUACAGAUGGGUUACCCCAGCCCCCAGCCAGGCUUCCAGUACCCCCUGCAUGCCAAUCAGAUCCCCAUGCCAAUGGCUCCCCCGAUGAUGGUUGUUCUGCCCAACUACAUGUUCCCUCAACUCAAUGGAGGUGUACCACAGCUCAACCAGCUCAAUCCAGCCAUGCCUCACCUUAACCCCAGUAUCCCUGGUAUGGCACAACUUAACCAGGCACUACCGCAGUUCAACCAGGCUAUUCCACUACCACAACUCAAUCCUGUCUUGGCUCAGUUCAACCCCGCUGUGACGCAGAUGAAUGGCAUGCCUCAUGUGAAUCCCGCCCUAGCUCAACUCAACUCGUCACAGGUCAAUCCUGCUUUGUCGAUGAUCCCACAACAUUUCCAUAAUCCCAACCCAACAUUACCUUUCCCAAAUCCGGUUCCCGGGCUUCCUGGCUUUGCCUUACCUGGGAUUGAUCCCACGUUUGUCCAAAGCGGCAACUCCCGCUCCCACACCCCUCAGUCCGCGUACCAAGCCCCACUGGAGGGGACCAACUCGCCCCUCUUCCAAUCACGAUGCUCCUCCCCCCUCAACCUGCUGCAGCUGGAGGAGUUGCCAGGCAACAGGCAGGAGGGCAUGUCGACAGGGGCGCAGCAGACCCCGCCCCCACCUGGCUCGUCGUCUCAGGUUGGAGGUCAAGGCUCUGUUUACCGCAACAGCAACAUGAAGGGUGACGCCAAAGAGGACGAUAAUGCUGAUGUUGAUGACCAGGACGCCAUGUCCACCUCCAGUGACCUGCUGGAUCUGCUGCUGCAAGAGGACGCCUGCUCAGGCACCGGCUCGGCUGCCUCUGGCUCCGGGUCCUCUGGUUCCGGGUCCUCAGGUUCUGGCUCUAAUGGAUGCAGCACCUCAGGGAGUGGCACAAGAAGCAGCAACACCAGCAAGUACUUUGGCAGCAUUGACUCAUCGGAGAACGACCAUAAGCAGGCAACAGGCGGGGCUGAAGAGGCCCAGCUCAUGAAGUAUGUCCUUCAGGACCCUAUCUGGCUCCUUAUGGCCAACACAGACGACAAGGUUAUGAUGACGUACCAAAUGCCCACCAGGGACAGGGAGACUGUUCUAAGGGAGGAUCGUAUGGUACUGAGGGCGGUGCAGAAACAGCAGCCGUGCUUCACUGAGGAGCAGAAGAAAGAGCUGAUCCAGGUCCAGCCCUGGAUGGGCACCGGACGCCUGCCACAGGCCAUCAACACCCCUACUUGUACCGGGUGCGGUGCUCCUCCAGUUACCUCCGCCCCCCGGCCCUUUGAUGUGGAGCUGCAGGACAUGGAUCUGACUGGGGUCCUCCAGCUACAGGAAGAGGCUACCGUACACGCAGAGACACAUGUUACCAUGGCAACAGACGCAGGACAUACUUCCAGCUCACCACCACAAGCCCCCCAGACAGAGACUAAGGGGGGUGAGGGUGAGAGGCAAGGGGAACAGGAAGGAGAUUGUAGGGACACCAGAGUGAAGGAGUUGGAGGUGACAUCAUCAUCUGUAACAGAGAAAUGGGACUCUGUGUUUCUAAACAGCAACUGAGGACUUCUAUAUGGCCAAUGACUCUAAACCACAAUGCAUUGGGACAAAUGGGUGGCCAAGCUCACGUCAAUGUGUUGUUUGAACAAAGACGUGAACAUAAGGCCCAGCGUCGUCCAGGGUAGGGGAGGGUUUGGCCGGCAGGGAUGUAGCUCAGUUGAUAGAGCAUGGCGU